AUGGAUUGUUUCUUAUUGACAUUAAUUUUCUCUUUAUUGCUAAAAGUCAACGGUGGAAAUCUGCCAAAAGAUUGCACGGAUGUUUAUACGUUGACCAAAGGGCAACCAUUUUUUGCGAUGAAUCUCGAUCGGUUGGCUGGCAAACGGAAAGACAAAAUUUGUGUGGAUAUGAGUGUUUUUAGCGGCCAAGCUUUGACAAUUCACGCGACGACUCUUUGCACAAAAAAGAACGAGUUCUUUUGCGUACAGAAAAUCCCGUUGACGGUGAACGAAAUGCCAUUGAGCACGCUGCUUCACGAUUCGGCCACAUUUUGUGAUCAGAUGGAGCCGGUGAAUCACGAUGGGGCGACGAAGUACCGCCAAUCGUGCUUCUAUCUCUGUCAACUCGAUGAUUGUGAGGUUUUCCAGUUGAAAUCGAUUUUGCCUGGCGAUGAAACCAUCCUCCAGCAAGCCUCGAUCACCAUUUCCCCCCACGGAUACGCGAGAGACUCACCAAACGACAGAUUUGGGUCGUCAACGACUGUAAAGCCGGAAAAGACGGUCAUCUGGUAUUACAUCGUUGCUGGUUCACUGAUCGGCAUCAUUUGCCUUCUUGCUGUUGCUUUCGUCUUUUAUAUGAUAAUCAGAGAUGUCAGAGAAGGCUCUCCUAUUGAAAAUCAGGAUUCGGGUGAAGGAGCGGAAACGAAUGUACGGCUAAACGCUUACCGACCUUCACAUCAAGCAGACGCCAAAGUGCCGUCUUCGCAAAGA